AUGUCUCUCGAACCCUCCCUCACGGUACUCUACAAAGAAGCCAAUGGCAGCAAAAUUACAACAGACAUCUACCUCCCCACGACCGACUCAACCGAGAAAAAGAAAUACCCAGUGGUAAUCAACAUCCAUGGCGGCGCCUUCAUGCUCGGCCACUCACGCAUGGUCUCCAUGCCGCAGAUAACCGACUGUCUCGAGCGCGGCUGGAUCGUGCUGGUCCCAAACCACCGCCUGUGUCCCGGCGUGAACCUGCUCGAGGGUCCGAUGCAAGAUAUCCGGGACCUGCUGUCGUGGGUGCAUGACGGUCACCUCGAUGCAGUUCUUCGGUAUGAGGGGCCGUAUAGCGCGGACUUGGGAAAUGUAGCGGCGUUCGGGACAUCGAGUGGAGGGACUUUGGCGUUAGGGUUGGGUUUCAACGUUCCCAAACCCGUCAAGGCGAUUCUCUCGCUCUAUGGCGCUGUGCACUUCACACACCCGUUCUGGAAAACGCCUCUGCCACAUGUGCAGGCUAAAUUGCCGCCUAAUCUCGAAGACUCAUUCCUCAGAAAAGCAUACGAUGAAAUGCCCGUUCCAACAGACAGCUCUGUCUCGUUAGAAGGACAGUCCGAGUCCGGGGCCUCGAAGGGACCGAACUUCUCACGGCCGCGCGAUGCAUUUGCUUUUACGCAGAUCGCAUCGGGGAAUGUGCUGGCUGCUAUUUAUCCUAAUUCAAAGACGAAGGACCCUACUUUUCAGGCCGUGGACCCGGUGCAGAAUGUUGGGUCGGAAUUCCCGCCUACCUAUAUCGUGCACGGACUUGCUGAUACGAUGGUGCCGAUUGAUUUAAGUCGGGAGCUUUUUGCUAGGUUGAAGAGGGAGGGCGUGAAGUGUGGAAUGACGGAGGUUCCGGAUGAGGAACAUACUUUUGCUGCUAUGAUGAAGGUUGGCUCGAGGACUUGGUGGUUGCAGAGGGAGGGCUUCGAUUUCUUGGAGGGUGUUAUUGGGAAGGGCACCAAAUGA